GGACAGGAUAAGCUCACGUUAUCAUUUUUUGCUGCGCUUUAACGCGUGGAGGGUGAAGGUUGGAUCCAGUCGUUGAAUUGGAUCAAUAACUACCAAUGGAUUUGCUGCCUGGGCGAUUGAGCUCGGGUCGAGUUUGGGCCCAAAUUCGACCCUCAUUCAGAGCUGGCUUCAACAAGACAAACUCUUCUCGGCAGCCGUUUUUAAUCUGUUACGGGACCCAAAAUAAUCCCGGUCGGUUGGCUCAACACCACCCUGGAACCCGCUCCUUGAGCAGUAGCACUUGGAACCAUAUCAUCACCUCGAAUACUGAGGACAAUAAUGGGGCCGCUAACAACGACUCCAUCCAAGAGAUCCGGAACAAGAAUGUGGCCAGUUCCAUUUUCCAAAUGUACAAGAACAAAGGGUCCAACACCAUUAACAUCAGCACUCUAUUUCGGGAAGUCGAAAAGACGGGCAUUCGUCGAACCGACAAGAGAUUAGGAGAGUUCCUCAAGGCGGUCACGGAAUAUCAUCAUCGUGCCGGACCAGAGGGUACCAUCCGGGAGAACAUCAAUGUUGACUUUGAAUCUUUCGCCAAGUUAUCCGAAGAGAACAUCGUGUUCUUGGCGGAGAUUUUCCGAAAUGAGCUCGUUGUACCUGAAUUUUUCACAUUCGCCGACACCAUAGAAGGCAUUUUCAAUCGAUGCAAAGAAAACCGCGGAGGAAUGAAUGCCACCUACAUCCCGCAGUUAGCCCAUUAUGACCCAGAUAUUUGGGCAUGUUCCGUCUGCACUGUAGAUGGUCAAAGGCUCUCUUUGGGCAACGUUGAUCAAAGUUUUACUAUCCAAUCGUGCAGCAAGCCUUUCACUUAUGCCAUUUGUCUGAAUGAGUUGGGUCCGGAAAUGGUGCACAAAUAUGUUAGUCACGAGCCCAGUGGACGGAAUUUCAACGAGAUCUGCUUGGAUGCCCGCGACAAACCUCACAACCCCAUGCUGAACUCCGGGGCCAUAAUGAUUUCUUCCCUAUGCUUAUCGCUUCUGCACCCUGCGAUGAAGCUGGCUGAGAAAUUCGAUUACAUGCAAAACUACCUGCGCCGCAUAGCCGGGGGCGAAAACAUCGGAUUCAAUAACGCAGUGUUCUUAUCCGAACGAGACACGGCAGAUCGGAAUUUUGCCAUGGCCUAUUUCAUGAAGGAGCACCAAUGUUUCCCCAGCAAUUUCAAUCUCCAACGAAGCAUGGAUCUUUAUUUCCAAUUCUGUUCCCUGGAAGUGAACACAGAAAGUCUGGCCGUGAUGGGAGCCACUCUGGCCAACGGCGGCCUUUGUCCCACCACGGGCGAUAAAGUGCUGAACUCGUCGUGCGUCCGAGAUGUGCUCUCGUUGAUGUACAGCUGUGGCAUGUACAAUUACUCGGGACAGUUCGCCUUCAACAUCGGAUUGCCAGCAAAAUCUGGCGUGAGCGGUUCGCUCGUUUUAGUCAUUCCCAAUGUUAUGGCCAUAGCGUUGUGGUCUCCUCCGCUUGAUAAUGUGGGGAACUCCGUCCGCGGUUUACAGUUUUCUCAGGAGUUAGUGGAGACCUACAACUUCCACCGGUUCGAUAAUCUACGCUUUGCUGAGCGGAAGGUGGAUCCUUGCAAAACUCGGUACACCAAUCAAGCUUCAUAUGUGACCCUGCUAUUUGCUGCAAACUCGGGUGAUGUCACAGCUCUGAAAAGACACUAUCUACAAGGCAUUGAUCUCAAUUUGGGCGAUUAUGAUGGGCGCACUGCUCUGCAUGUGGCCGCAGCGGAGGGCCAAUUUGAAUGCGUCAAAUUUCUUCUCGAAACCACGGGAAUCAAGGCCAUGCCCAAAGACAGAUGGGGAUUUACACCUCUGGAGGAAGCGAUUCGAUUUGGUCACGAAAAAGUGGCCAAAUACAUCCAAGAGCACAUGUCACUGACAGGGGAUUGAUGAGGUGGGGGAUCGGUCAACUGGUUUGAACACUACCAUCUAUGCGGUUCCUAGACGUGGAAAGGCAAUCAUUUGAGCGAAGCCGACACUUCCUCUACUGACAUGAAGACUUCAAAAUCUUUCCCAUCUCUGAAAUAACAAAGCCCCUUGGAUGUUGAUUUGUUUGUUAAAUUGCAAAACCAAUAUGAAGUUGAAAGUUAUUCUUA